GCAUUAUUCGUGGCUGCCGAUCUUGCGUUUAUGUUGUGCCGGCUGUUUCAAGCAUCAAAACAAACCUGCUCGUUUUGUUCUUCAUCGAUUGCUCUUUACAGAUUAAAUAAAUUAAACGAUAUGAGUCGCAGAAAAAGGGCGAAGGUGGAGUACAGAGAAAUGGAGGAAAAAUAUAAUCAGUUAGAGGAUGAGAACGCCUCGGACACAUCAGAGAAAUCCAAAACUGGUCUUGUAACACCGGAGAAGAAAGUUCUCACUGAGAUGAAGAAGGAACCUGAAUCUACGGUGCCUACUUCAGUGCCAUCUGUUUCUAAGGCUGAAGUCAAGGAGGAAGAUGAGCAAGAUAGCGAUCACGAAGAUCCACAUGUGAAGGAAUUGUUGAAUGGAUUAGAGGGUGCGGCGUUUCAAAGUCGUCUGCCGUUCGACAAACUGACAUCCACCGAAGCAGCAUGUUUCCCUGACAUCUCCAGUGGGCCACCGCAAACGCAAAAAGUAUUUCUGCACAUUAGGAAUAGACUUCUGCAAAUGUGGUUGGAAAAUCCAAAGCAACAGCUGAUCAUCGAAAAUGCAUUCCCGCAAAUUGAGCCACCCUACAAUAGUGACACAGUGCUCACUCGCAGGAUUCAUGCCUUUUUGGAGCGUCACGGUUUCAUAAAUUUCGGAGUCUUUAAACGUCUUAAGCCCUUACCAACUAAAAAAGUAGGUAAAGUCAUAGUGAUAGGAGCUGGUAUUGCUGGAUUGGCGGCGGCUCAGCAAAUGCAACAGUUUGGCUUGGAAGUAAUCGUAUUAGAGGCUAGGGAUCGCGUUGGUGGGCGAAUCGCCACAUUUCGUAAAUCAAACUAUAUCGCGGAUUUAGGCGCUAUGGUGGUAACAGGUUUAGGCGGAAAUCCCGUUACGACCCUCAGUAAACAGAUCAAUAUGGAACUCCAUAAGAUACGACAGAAGUGUCCGUUGUACGAAAGCGACGGUCAAACCGUCCCAAAAGAUAAGGACGAGAUGGUCGAGAGAGAAUUUAAUAGAUUACUCGAAGCAACUUCUUAUCUCUCGCAUCAAUUGGAUUUCAAUUACGUAAACAGCGGAUCUGGACAGACCGGUAAUACGCGGCCAGUAUCCUUGGGUCAAGCGCUGGAGUGGGUGAUACGUUUGCAAGAACAAGGUGUAAAGCAGCGUCAAGUGGCGCACCUGCGUUCCGUGCUGUCGCUGCAGGGGCGAUUAAUUACUAAUCAGCACAGAAUGAGUUCUAUCAUGGAUCGAUUGGUAGAAUUGAAUAAACAGUACAAAGAAAUGAGCAAGACGGAGAGCAAGUUACAAACUCGGGAUAUAACGCAAGAGUUUGUGCUGCGAUCUAAAAUGCGUGAUCUGCACAACGCUUGCAAGGAAUGGGACCAGUUGUCAGAUCAGCAGAAAGAAAUCGAAGCGAAGUUACAAGAAUUGGAAGCAUCUCCACCCAGUGACGUUUAUCUGUCUUCCAAAGAUCGGCAGAUACUAGACUGGCAUUUCGCGAACUUGGAGUUUGCCAACGCAACGUCCCUAUCAAACCUGAGCUUGAAGCACUGGGAUCAGGACGACGAUUUCGAGUUUACUGGAAGUCAUCUGACGGUUCGCAACGGUUAUUCUUGCGUACCUGUUGCUCUCUCGGAAGGGCUCGAUAUUCGAUUGAACACAGCUGCCAGGGCGGUCCGAUACAGUGCGAGCGGCGUGGAGGUUUGGGCCGCACCCUCUCGCAGCCCGCACACAAAUCACACCGUUUACAAGGCGGACGCCGUUCUGGUUACGUUGCCACUUGGUGUGCUCAAGACUUCCGCACCGCCUUCCGGAGUCACCUUCAACCCGCCGCUUCCGGAGUGGAAGGCGCAGGCUAUUCAACGGCUCGGCUUCGGCAAUUUAAAUAAGGUAGUGCUAUGCUUCGAGCGCAUUUUCUGGGAUCCAACGGCCAAUCUGUUCGGCCACGUGGGAAGCACCACCGCGUCGCGCGGCGAACUCUUCUUGUUCUGGAACUUGUACAAGGCGCCCGUCCUGUUGGCCCUCGUCGCCGGUGAAGCAGCUUGCGUAAUGGAAAAUGUCAGUGACGAUGUUAUCGUCGGCCGUUGCAUCGCCGUUCUGAAAGGAAUCUUCGGGAACCAAGUAGUACCGCAACCACGCGAAAGCGUUGUAACCAGGUGGCGAGCGGAUCCUUGGGCACGCGGAUCCUACAGUUUCGUCGCGGUCGGCAGUUCCGGCAGCGACUAUGACCUCCUGGCCGCACCCGUAUCGCCGCCAUUAAUGCUGAAUCAACCCCCGCCGCAGCCAAGAGUGUUCUUCGCAGGCGAGCACACCAUACGGAAUUAUCCAGCCACCGUGCAUGGCGCAUUCCUCAGCGGGCUGCGCGAGGGUGGACGUAUAGCUGACCAACUCUGCGGCAGUCCGUACGCUCCGCCGACAAUGACAGCUUCCGUUCCGCCAUCGACCGCGAUCGCGCCAGCAAAUACCGGCAGCAGCUCGACGCCUUAGUAGCGUCGUCACAUCGAUCGUUACGUGUCUGUUUUUUUGCGAGCGAAGAAACUGCCAGUACAGCGAUGUAUCGACCAAAAGAAAAGCGUUCUUUUCCAGAGAGAGACAGAAGAAAAUUUCCUCGUGAUGAUUCGAGCUUCGCGACAGUCUGACGACGAAAUUCUGUACUCGUUUUACGUUAAUACGCGCUGGUUACUUCGCAACUUAUGAAUAUCGUUUACGUAUCACUGCGUGUUGGAUGAGUAGUUUAAUCUGUUACGAUUGGAUUUUAUCAGUCGAACGGAAGAAUUAAGUGAAAGAGUGUUUAGGCGAACGUGAAGUACUCACGUGUCUUAGACGCUGUGUGCGUCAGUGUCUAUCCACGCACGUGCAGUUCGAACGUUUCAUGAUUACGACAUAGUAAUCUAGUUUCAUUUAUAUGAUGAGAUAUCUAUUAUUUAUCCAUUAUUUUAAUACACAGAUUUUUUCUAUUAAUUAAGUCUUAGUUGAGAGUGUUCUUUCAGAUUUUUCUACGUAGCCAAUAAUGUUCAUUACAUUUCCCAAUUUCUUACUUACUGCUUCCGUUAUCUAUCUUUCAUCACGAUCAAUAAUGAUUACGACUUGUUGCAUAUUUCAUACUCCCAUAAAUGAGAAGCUUUACCAUUUAUAUGACAACAAGUGUUUUUGAUCAAAAAAUGACACAUGCCUUCGAGAUUGUGAGCCAGCGUGAGACGCAUUGCACGCGCAAGAUGUGAAGCGAUCUGCACUACUAUAGAGAUGGAUUAUUUUGUGACGCAGUAUUACAGGCCGUGAUGAUGAUAAACAGCACAGAUGAUGAAUAUUAUUCUUACGCAUCGAGUUAUAUCACGAUGAAAAAUAGAUUCGCAUGCGCGAUGACACAUUUAUGUAAUAUUAGUCUAUCGACAAUUCGUGUGCACAUAAAAUGACGGAUCUCAGAGUUCAAAUGUAUCUACCUAAGAUAGAAGAAGAUAUCUCGCGUCGAGUGUUCGUUGUAUUUAAUUGCGUGCUUUUGAAUCAUGUAAUAAUCUCUAAUAAACGACACCCGUUUGUUCAAGCGCGAUUCAAGAUAAUACCGCAGUCAUAAGAUAACUUUACGAGACGUUUUAUUGUGGAAUAUCUCUAUUGUAUCAGAUGUAUUAUUUCGUUACGAAAUGUGAAUGGUGCAUCGAUUGUAACGACGUACCACAUCGCGUUCUGCGCGACUCAAUGGAAGCGCGCUCAAAUUCUCACUUGUUUCAAUCUUUAUGCGAUUGUGGAAGCAAUUAGAUUAAACGCGAUUGCGCGGACACGCUGUUGCGGACACCCGAUUUGACGCACAUAUGUGUAACAGAACGCAUAUGUAACAGAAGAUUUAUAUAUGUAUAUUAAAAAAAAGAGAGAGUUGUUAUAUGCAUAUCGGCAA